AUGGACAUGAUGGAGAGAAAAGAUAAGCAUGAUAAGGAAGAAUGCGGAUCUCUCAAGUCAAAGUGCAGUUCCACGAGGACCGGAGUAAGUCUAGCGGUCUCUGUAGAGCUGGAAAUGUUGGAGUUAAAAAAGAAGGCCGCCGCCAUGCAAGCAAAAUUGUCUUUCAAAGAAAAGGAAAAGAAAGUAAAGGAAAUGGAAAGAAAAGCCAAGAUGGCACAAGAAGCAUACGAAGAGAUGCAAGAUGCAUUAGUCUGCGAGAUAGAACUCGCAGAAAACGAAGCUAAGUUAGAAGUGCUGGAAGAAUUUGGAAAGGAGAAUGGAUUGGAGAAAUCAUCCCUAUUGGAAGGACUUGGUGUCAAUAAAGAAGCUGAUAUGGAGAGAUUUCUGAAGUCAUCCGAGGCAGAUGUAACGCCUCCUCCAAUUCUUGUAGCGGGGCAGUCGCCGCAGAAUUUCCAAGUACCUUCUACCCAACAGUCAGGAUGGGAGCAGAUUGCCAAAUCACUGGAAAGAUGUGUUACUCAGCUCGGCAACGUAAGUCUCCAACAAUGUGCCGCUAAUCAGGAAAUGUCGGCAUCUCUUCAGCUACCUAAGAUAGACAUUCCCAUCUUUAAUGGAGACCCCAUGACCUACCCAAUGUGGAAGCAUGCAUUCAUAAGUAUGAUAGAUAGCAAGCCAAUGGGAUCUACCACCAAGUUGAUGUACCUGAAUAAUUAUGUAACAGGAAAACCAAAGGAUGUCGUCCAGCAUUUCAUGCUGAUAGGAAGUGAAGAUGGCUAUGAAAGAGCGAUGAGUCUCAUAAGUGAGAGAUAUGGAAAUCCAAGCAUCGUUAGCACAGCCUACAUGAAUAAACUUGCCGCCUGGCCAAAGAUAGGACCGAAGGAUUGCAACGGUUUGAUGGAGUUCGCAGAUUUCCUAGGAAAAGUAAAGGCAGCAAAGCAAUCAGUAAAAUCUCUUGGAAUCUUAGAUUAUCCACAGGAGAAUGCCAAACUUCUAGAGAAAUUGCCUGUAUAUCUCGAAGGAAGAUGGAGAGAUGAGAUUGACCGUCAGAGAGAAAACAUCGACCAACAAGAAUAUCCAUCAUUCUCAAAGUUUGAAGAGUUUGUGAGAAGGGCAGCUAACAAGGCCAACAUCCCUGAACUUGCAGGCCUCAGAGAAACCUCGAGAAGUCUUGGAGCAUUGGGUCCUAAAGCAAGAACCUUCGCUACAGAUGGAAGGAGGGUAAAAUCGGAAUGGUCGAAAAAUGGAAGCUAUGCAAAAUGUCCUUGGUGUAAGGAAGACCAUACCCUAGAUGAAUGUGAUGAUUUCGUCACCAAGCCUAUGUAUGACCGGAAGGCAUUUUUCUUCAAGCGGAGACUGUGCAUGGGAUGUGGGAUGACAGAUAGUCAUCGUAUCAAGGAGUGCCAAGAUCGACGAUCGUGCAAGGAAUGUGGGGGUAGCCAUCUGUCCUGUCUACACUAUGCUACCAAGAAGACUGAGCAUGCAGGGUUUGCCAACUGUACUACAGUAUGCUCAAUCCAGGAUCAAAACGGCAGAGAUCAUAGUAUGAUUGUACCAGUCUGGGUGAGACAUCAAGAAAAUCCAAGUAAAGAGUGUCUUGUGUAUGCAGUGCUUGAUGAUCAGUCAAAUGUAAGCUUCAUGUCAGAGAAACUGCGUGACAAACUCGGCGUAAAGGGAGCUUCAACAAAUCUGCAGCUGACAACAAUGCAUGGAAGUUCUAACAUCGAAAGUAAGAAAAUCAAGGGUCUGGAGAUACAAGACUAUAAUAAGGAGCAUGUAAUUCAACUACCAGUGGCCUUUGCAAGACAGGAAAUACCAGCCAGCAGGUCACAAAUACCCAAGAAGGAGGUGGUAAAUCACUGGCCUCAUCUUCGUCAAGUUGCGGAUGAAAUGAUACCCUAUGAUAGAAACAUUGAUGUGUCACUCUUGAUCGGAAACGAUUGCCCAAGAGCUAUCCGGCCUCGACAAGUAAUCACUGGAGGGGAGGAUGAUCCCUAUGCUCAAAAAUCUCUCCUAGGUUGGGGAAUUAUUGGAAAAGUCUGCCUGACAUCUGAAAGUUCAGGUGCUGUUGUUUGCAACAAAGCUACAAGUUGUGAGAGCGUGAAGUUUGCAGUCCCGUCAACAGCGAAAGAAAUCCUCUGCCCGCAGAAAGUCAUUGCGAUUCUUGAGAAGGACUUUGCUGAUGAAAACAUGGGAGGGCAGUCUAUCUCAAUGGAGGACAAGAAGUUCCUGCGAAUCAUGGAGAAAGGAAUAAGGAAACGACCAGACGGACAUUAUGAGAUGCCCCUCCCUCUCAAGACGCCUAACACAUCGCUACCAUACAAUCGCAAAGUAGCAGAGAACCGAUGGAAACAACUAAAUGCCAGGUUUAGAAGGAACCCAAAGUUUAUGGAAGACUACAUAGAAUUCAUGAAAGAUGUGCUUGAAACAUGUGCUGAAAGGGCUCCCUCUAACUACAAACAAGGAAAGGUAAACUAUGUACCACAUACUGGUGUCUAUCACCCCAAAAAGCCAGGGAAAAUACGUGUGGUCUUUGAUUGCUCAGCAAAGUGUGAAGGAAUCUCACUCAAUGACAACCUCCUACAAGGACCAGACUUGACCAAUGGCUUACUUGGAGUACUGUGCAGGUUCCGCCAAGAAGAAGUUGCUGUCGUUGGAGACAUCAAAGGAAUGUUUCACCAAUUCUUCGUAUCGGAGGAAGAUCGGGACCUUCUCCGUUUCUUGUGGUGGGAAGAUGGUGACCCAAACAAAGACGUGAUCGAAUACAGGAUGAAGGUUCACCUAUUCGGCGCUACUAGCUCACCUGGAUGUGCUAACUAUGGUUUCAAGAAAGCAGCAGAUGAUGGCGAAGCUGAGUUUGGGUCUGAUGCAGCUUCAUAUAUUCGAGAUGACUUCUAUGUCGACGACGGACUUAAGUCAGUUGCAACGCCAGAUGAAGCCGUGAGUGUCAUGAAAGCAAGCCAAGCAAUCUGCAGUAAAGCUGGACUGAGAUUACACAAGAUAAUGUCUAACAAUAAGGAGGUUCUGCAGAGUUUUCCCAUCGAAGACAGAGCUAAGGGUAUUGCUGACUUGGACCUAGAAGUUGAUCCACUACCAAUAGAGAGAGCAUUAGGUGUAUUCUGGUGCGUGGAAAGUGAUACAUUGCAGUUCCGAAUUGAGCUUAAAGAUCGCCCUCUUACUAGACGGGGAGUUCUAUCUACUGUUGGCUCAAUUUAUGACCCUAUCGGCCUUGCAAGUCCAGUGACUCUGAGAGGAAAGCAGAUUCUCCAGGACCUCUGCAGAAGGAAACUUGAUUGGGACAGCCCCUUACCCGAUGACGUCAGACCACAGUGGGAGAAAUGGAGAUCUGAAAUAAGUGAACUCGAGAAACUUAACGUCCCAAGAUGUUACAAGCCUCCAAACUUCGGCAAGGUAAAGUGUACAGAGUUACAUCACUUUUCAGAUGCAAGUUUUGAUGGUUACGGACAGUGCUCUUAUCUUCGCCUGGUGAAUGAAGAGGACAAAGUGUGUUGCUCUCUUGUGACAGCCAAAUCAAGAGUAACCCCACUCAGACAAAUGACUAUUCCUAGACUCGAACUGACGGCUGCCACUGUAUCAGCAAAGAUGAGUACAUUUAUAAGGAAAGAAUUGACAGUGGCUAAACCUCAAGAAUUCUUCUGGACAGAUAGUCAAGUGGUCUUGGGUUACAUUCGUAACGAAGCAAGGAGAUUCCAUGUCUUCGUGGCAAAUAGGGUGCAACAGAUACAUGACGAAUCAAACCCCAAAAGAUGGUUCUAUGUGAACACAGAAGACAACCCUGCUGAUGAGGCGUCUCGAGGGAUGACAGCAAAGGAGCUCGUUGAAAGUAGCCGCUGGCUGGUUGGACCGAAGUUUCUUCAUGAGAAAGGAGAAUUCAAGAUUCCUAUAGAGCAGUAUAAAGCCAGCUGUGAGAAAGAUGACCCAGAAGUUAGACAUGUGUCGACUUUGUCUACAUUGACUGCUAGAGCCAACCACUUCGAGAUUAGUCGCCUCCAGCAUAUCUCAAGCUGGCAACGUGCCAAGAGAGUGGUAGCACUAUGUAUGAUGUUCAAAAGUAAACUACGAAAGAGAGAAGUGAAGAGGAAGACAAGCCCUAAAUUGAACCGUCCACUCAAACGUGUAAUCAUGACGGUUGCAGAAGUCGAUGCAGCAGAAACUGAAAUAAUCCAAAACUUGCAGAUAGAACAUUUUCGUGACGAAUUGAUGGUACUUCGCAACUUAGGCUCUGGUGAGCAAAAGGACAGACAGACAGCAAGGAAGAGAAACAGUGAAAUCAAGCCAAUCAGUUCUCUAUAUCGUCUAGAUCCAUAUAUUGGCAGUGAUGGUAUCAUGCGAGUUGGUGGACGAAUCGACAAAGCUGCCGUACCUGACGAAAUCAAGCAUCCCGUCAUCAUGCCGAGAAAUUCUCAUAUGACAACAUUGCUCAUAAGACACAAGCAUGAGCAGGUUAACCACAUGGGAAGAGGAAUCACACAUAAUCAACUGAGACAAAAUGGAUACUGGGUGAUUGGUGGUUCUUCUGCAGUUUCCAGUAUCAUAUCAAAGUGUGUCUUGUGCAGAAAAAUGAGAGGACCAUUGCAGCAACAGAAGAUGGCAGAUCUGCCAAAAGAUCGCCUAGAACCGGCACCCCCAUUCACAUACUGUGCUGUGGACUACUUUGGACCUUUCAACAUCAAAGAAAAAAGAAGUAUUGUGAAAAGAUAUGGAGUACUUUUCACUUGUAUGGCAUCAAGAGCCAUUCAUCUAGAAGCAGCAAAUAGUCUCACAAGCAGUAGCUUCAUCAACUGCCUCCGGCGGUUCCUCACUCGUCGUGGACCAGUCAGACAGAUCAGAUCUGAUAGAGGGACGGCUUUCGUUGGCGCUAGAAACGAGUUGCGGGAAGCAAUGAGAGAGUUGGACCAGGAAUCUAUCCAGACGUAUCUACUUGAGAAUGGAGUUGAUUGGAUACCCUUCCAGAUGAACACGCCGAGUGCAUCUCACAUGGGAGGAGUUUGGGAGCGCCAGAUUGGUACAGUACGCAGAGUCCUUGAACCCCUCCUCAUUAGUUCAGGGUCACAACUAGAUGAUGAAUCCUUCCAGACGUUCCUUACUGAAGUAGAGUCAGUUGUCAAUUCCAGACCACUGUCUACAGCUUAUCUAUGUGCAGGAGAUGCCCCUGAACCGUUGACCCCGAACCAUCUGCUAACCAUGAAGGCAAAAGUUGUGAUGCCUCCCCCAGGCAAGUUUCAGCGAGAAGACGUAUAUGCUCGGAAGUGGUGGCGUCGUGUGCAGUAUCUAGCGAACGAAUUCUGGAGUAGAUGGAAGCGUGAAUAUCUCCAAGACAUCCAAACAAGACAGAAGUGGGUCCAUCCAAAGCGUGACCUCGCGAUAGGCGACAUCGUCAUUGUAAAAGACUGCAGCGAUACUCGAAGUCAGUGGCCACUAGGAAGAGUGACAGAAGCCUACAAAUGUGAUGACGGUCGAGUUCGUAAAGUGAAACUGAUCAUGGCUGAUCGCGAUCUUCGAAAAGACGGUAAACGUAAGCAUGAGCCUAGAUUUUUGGAAAGACCCAUACAUAAGCUCGUUUUGAUCCUGGCAGAUGACUAG